AUGGCUUAUCAACACGCUGGACAGAUUUCGGAGGAUGAUCUCCAAGCGGCCAUUACCUCUGCUGCAGACGCUUACGCCAUGCGGCCCACCACGAUGGCGCCUGCCCACAUGGGCAGUGACGGUGCGCAACGAUAUCUACCACCAACACUCGCUGACCCGGCCGACAUCCCCCUGUCCACAUUUGAGCCCCCUGGUAAUGCUAGCGAUGAUGAAAAAAGGCACAAAAAGCAGCAACAACACCGUGGAUAUAAGAGCGCGAACGGGAACGAAGCGGACGACUCGUCCGCCAGCGAUGACGACGAAGAUUAUUUGGACCGCGUCGCAGGUGAUGACAACAACUCGCCUAUGGCUUCUCAGCCCCCACCUCACCACGUUAUGCAUGGGCCGCAUGAGUCGGCAAUGUCCAUGUACGGACACGAGCACCGUGACAACGUACCCAGCACUUCGGCUGUGGCUGAUGCUUCUGCUGGCAUCCCGGCUGGUGUUAAGCAAGGCGGCUGGCCCGAGCAGCAGGACACACUCAUCGGAAGAGAUGGCCCCUACGUCGACGAAAAGGCAGGGAUGCGUUUGACUGGGGGCCUUGGCGGCGACACGACCCCUCCUUCCCGGCCCAUCUCUUCGGCAGGUAUGAGCUCCGCCGACGAGACCGAUGACUUUGACUGGGAUACCUCUACCGACGAAGAAGUUGACGAAGUCAGCAAGGCGAUCGGACCCGAUGGUAGGAAGCGCAUCCGUGCUCGCCGCGGUCGUAAGGUCUACCUCGCCUGCCUCCGUCUCGCUCGCCCGGUUCGCAUCUUCCUCUUUGCAAUUAUCGCAACGAUAAUCGCCUUGGUGCCAUUCAUUGUCGCCAUUGCCGCCUUUCCAAACGCCCCGGCUCGUGCUCAAGUACAAGUCUGGUCGAUCUGGGUCGCAAUCAUCAUCGCCGCUUCCGCCGGAACGUUCGUCUUUGUCGACUGGAUCCCCGCUCUGCUCAUGCGCUUAUCUGUUGCCGUCUAUGGUAAAGCGCGCGAGGUGUUCAAAUUCUACAUCGAAGUCAUCAUGGCUACCGGGCUCUAUGUCAAACUGCUCGGUUGCGUCUCGUGGGCCUGGAUCUCCCUCGGCGGGGUGCUGGCCAUCCAGUUCGCCUACGCCGAUCGCCCGCCGUACUUUGUCUGGAUCGUCCGCCUGCUGCAAGCCCUCUUUGGUACAGCAUGCAUCUUGCUCGCAGAGAAGAUCCUGCUCCAUCUCAUCGCCAUCAACUUCCAUAAGACGGCCGUGCGCGACAGGCUCGAGAACAAUCAGAAGGCGCUGCGAGUGCUGGACAAGCUUUACGAAAGUAAAUACGAAGCGCCCAGUCGCAGCGCUCGUUCCGCCUGGGCUUCAGGCUACUGGGGUCGUUCCUUCAUGGGCUACGGCGCCAACGGCUCCCGGCCUGGUUCGCCCGGUCCACACACUCCUGGCGGCAUUGGAAGCCAUGUCCACUACAAGCCGCGAGACGACGGUGGCUACUUUAAGACAUCCCAAGCCAGUGGAGACCUCCAAAGCCAGGCACAGGGCCAAACCCAAACGCAGCACCAUCAAAAUCACAUGCCUCACAUUCACCGUCACCACAAGGGGCAGCCGUCCGAACACGACAUUUCCAAGGCCGCUCGUCGCGCCAACGUUGCCAGCCAGCUAGCAGAGGCGCUGCAGAUGGCGACAAUGAAGAACAGCAAGCUGUUCAAGGGCAAGCAGGGCUCCGCGCAGUCAGCACGCCGCCUUGCCAAGAAGCUGUUCAAUAACCUGUCGCAUAACCGUAAAUACCUUAUCGCGGAUGACUUUGUUCCGUACUUUAAAAACGAGGAGGAGGCCAAGGAGGCAUUCCAGGUCUUUGAUGCGGACAAGAACGGAGACAUCACCAAGACCGAGAUGCGUGAGGCGGUCCAACGGAUCUACAAAGAGCGCCGUGCCCUUUCAGCCUCCCUUAAGGAUAUAAGCAGCGCCAUCAGCAAGCUCGACAGUGUGCUCCUGUUUGUCGGCCUGCUCAUCGCCAUCUUUGUCUGGCUUCUCAUCUUCAACCGCAACCAGACGAUCGCAAAUUUGGUGCCGCUUAGCACAUUCAUCGUGUCGUUUUCGUUCGUCUUUGGCAACACGCUCAAGACCAUCUUUGAGAGCAUGAUUUUUAUUUUCGCUACGCACCCGUACGAUAGCGGCGACCUGGUGUGCAUCGACGACGUCUGGAUGUUCGUAAAGGACUUUGGCCUCAUCUCGACCACGUUCCGCACGACGACCAACGAGGAGAUUGUCGCACCGAAUGCGCUGCUCGCCACGUCCAAGUUCAUUCACAACGCGCGCCGCUCCAACAGCCAAUGGGAGGUGACCAAGGUGAUGUGCAGCUUUGAGACUGCCCUGGCGACGAUCGAUGAGUUUCGCAAGCGCCUACGCGCCUACGUCAAGGAGAACGACCGCGAGUGGGGCGGUGGCCUGGACGUCAACUUUGACGAGAUCGACAACAUGAAUUGCAUCAACCUCGUCAUCGCCAUGGAGCACAAGGGCAAUUGGCAGGAUUGGGGUGCGCGCUGGGCGCGGAGAACCAAACUUAUGCGCGAAGUCAAGACGAUCGCCGAGCAGCUUGGCAUGGAGUACCAGCUCCCCCCACAGCCCAUCUCGUUCCACCCCCGCAGCGGCGCGGCGCCGUUCAGCCCGGCUCGCUUUGCGAACCUGCAGCGCAACGCUACACAACGCCACAGCCAGCAGACGCAGCAGGAUACCAACAGCCUGCUGCAGCCUGGCCAUGGCGCCAGGCGUGGGCUUUCCCUCCGUCUUUGA